AUUACUGAAACAAUGGACAUUGUAAACAAGACACAAGUGAGAGUCUUCGUGUUUUCCGGUCUAACAGACAAUGAAGCACUUGUCCCCUUUCUCUUCCUCUUCUUCUUGCUUGUUUACUUGGUGACCAUAGUUGGCAAUGUUGGCAUUAUAGCUGUAGUCCAUAAGACGUCCACCCUCCACACUCCAAUGUACUAUCUCCUGAGUUACCUCGCCCUGGCUGACCUCAGUUACUCCUCAGUGAUAACACCUAAAAUGCUCUUUGACCUUCUGUCCAAGAUAAAGUCCAUCUCAUUCGCUGGUUGUGCUCUUCAGUUCUUCUUCUUUGCGGUCUUAGUAGGCACAGAGACUCUUCUGCUCGCCAGCAUGUCCUAUGACCGAUAUAUCGCCAUCUGCCAUCCUCUCUAUUAUGUCUUAAUUAUGACCUAUAAUAAAUGUGUGUGUCUGGUUCUCCUAUCUUUAUCCGUUGGCUUCUUGCAGUCAUCAAUGCUGACCAGCUGUAUAUUCAGUCUGCAGUUCUGUGGAUCAAAUGUUAUAAACCACUUCUACUGUGACGUCCCUCCAUUGCUCACAUUGUCCUGCUCUAAAACUCUUCCAUGUGAUGUUAUAACGGUUAUCUCUACAUUUAUGUCUGGUAUUAGCUCUAUGGUGACAGUCCUGGUCUCCUACACUCUAAUAGUGUCUUCCAUUUUACGGAUGAAAUCCAGUGAAGGACGGCAAAAGGCAUUCAGUACAUGUUCCUCACAUCUCAUGUGUGUCUCCAUUUUUUACGGAACGGCUCUCUUUAACUACCUCCACCCAUCUGCCAGUGUAUUUAAUCAACAAGACAAAGUGGUCUCUGUCUUCUACUCGGUGGUGAUACCCAUGUUGAAUCCAAUUAUAUACAGUUUGAGGAACCAAGAGGUCAAAAAGGUCAUAUGGAAGAAGUGCACAAAUUUCAUUGAAUAA